CUCUCUCCAACUAACAUUGUCAUCUCUCCACAAACAGACUGCAUCACUCUUCACAAACACACAACCUCUCUCUUCCUCGUUACACAAACCAGCUCCUUCUCUCUCUUCUUUAACACACAUGCUCUCUCUCUCUCUCUCUAGCUUAAACGUGAACCAUUCCCAUCUCUCUCUUCUCUCUUAUUGAGACUCUGUGUAUCUGAGAGCCAACUACACAUCAGGUAAUGCAAUUAUUUUCUCCCUCCUCUCUCCAAACUUAAUUAGCACAGCUCUCUCUCUAAAUUAAUUAAUUAAUUAAUUAUAGCAACACAGUCACUCUCUCUCCCAGCAUAAAUAGAGAGCUACACUCUCUUAGGCUGUUGGUCUCGUGUCACAUGUAUUUGAAUCUUACCACUUCCUGGCCCUCUCGAGCUUGACCAAAUCUUUCAAGUGAGUGGUGAUGGAUCAUAGAUUCUCAAUCAUGGACUUCAUCCUCAUAGCUCAAGGGUUCAUUCUAGGGUUUAAAUGGUGUUGCGUUUCCCAUAAAUUGCAAUUCAACUUGAAAAACCAGUGACUUUGUUGAGGCUGGAAGACUCAUUUUAGUGGGAAAAAGCUCAUGCUUGGGCUUCCUCAGCACUUGUAGUGAGAGGAUUGGAGGUCUCAACAUCACAUUGAAACUUUUGAGUUUAGUCCCAAGCCCAAGCUCAAGCUCAAGCUCAAGCUCAUGCUCAUGUAGAAGAGUUUCAGAAAGUUAAAAGUUUGUGUUGGUUUUCAAUUUUUUACUUACUAGAAUUGGCUGAGAAAACCAUUUCAAUCCCAAUCCACUACUUGUUCUUAGUGAAUCAGUUUUGAGGGGUUUUCUUAUAAAUAAAUAAAAACGAGAGAGAGAUGGGUGAUAGCAAAGAAGAGCCACUUCCUCCAGGGUUUAGGUUUCACCCAACAGAUGAUGAACUCCUCAGCUAUUAUCUCACACAAAAGAUCUCUGAUUCUUCAUACGUUGGAAGGGCAAUCGCCGAUGUUGAUCUAAACAAAUGUGAACCGUGGGAUCUUCCAGGAAAGGCGAAGAUGGGAGAGAAAGAGUGGUACUUCUUCAGUCUGCGCGACCGGAAAUACCCAACCGGUCUUCGGACAAACCGGGCAACUGAUUCUGGUUAUUGGAAAACCACCGGAAAAGACAAAGAGGUUUUCAGGGCCACCACCUCUGAAUUAGCUGGCACGAAAAAAACGCUUGUAUUUUAUAAAGGAAGAGCACCGAAGGGGGAGAAAACUAGCUGGGUCAUGCACGAAUACCGGCUCAUUCCUGAAAUCACCUUUAAAACCGGCAUGGAUGAAUGGGUGGUUUGUCGGAUCUUUCAGAAGAAUACCAGUGGGAAGAAGUAUACGAUGAGCCGCCAACACCUGAAUCCCUACGACCUCGAUAUGGGGCCCACCACCCAACUGAAUCCUGACCCUUUCCAUGCCGGCAUGGGCAGGACAUUCCAUGCAAACGGACACACCAGCACAAGAAGGGGAUUCAACAUGAGCCAUAAGGAUGAGAUGACAGAGUUAACUAGGCUCAUGUUACAGGCUCCACCGCAAUUAGCAUUCCAAGGAGGCUUAUACCAACCAAGCCUAAAUCCCAACAACACUAGCCAACAGGCUGGGCUACCACCUAUGCCGGUCGUGUGGAGCCUCCAACAGCCGAUGGCAAUGGACACUGUGUCCUCUCUUUUAGCGGGAGGGGAGAUUCUCAUCGGCACGGGACCGGAAUCCACAAGCAAUAGCCGAUUUCACCAGGUGAACCCACGCACCCCAUGCGUGGAGCUAGAGCCUUAUUGGGCAACUUUCAUGGGUGGUUAGGACUCAGUUUCUAGAAGCUUCUAGAACUUCCUGAGGCGCUUUGGGCCCACCAUCAACAGAGUUCCAGAAGAAAAGAGAGGAAAGAAAAAUAUGUUUGAAAAAAUAUAUAAUAAAACUAUUUAUUUUUAAU